AACAGGAUGACUGCUGCAUCCUAUAAAUUUGAUUUUCGACAGAGAGAUGCCACCAAAUGUUUCCCAGCCCGGACAAUUCUCCGUGGAGGGAAAGAAGGUGCUGGUCAUUGGCUUGUGGCUUACAGAAAUGCAGAGGACCAUAAAUACAUGAAUGUGCACAGAAGAUUAAAAGAGCAUUAUAAAGAAUGCGAGAGCAGCAGGGCGGUUGAUACUCCUCAUGAUAAUACAUUAGACGGGCCCUUCCUGCUUCGAUUACAUUGUGUUGAUAAGCCGUCCGAGCUGUGCUCAGUAGACAUCAGUGAGCAGAAACUGAACUCCGUGAAGUCAGAAGAUUUCAAGGUGUUUGAUAAUGUUGCUUACAUCGAUGCAUCUAUCAACUUCCUCUCCUUAGGGUCUUUCAGCAGUUUUGUGUCUUUAAGAGAACUCAAUCUGUCUUUAAAUGGGCUCUGCAACAUGACGUUUGAUGCUGCUGACUUCCCUAAUCUUGAGGCAAUGGAUUUGUCCUACAACAGGCUGUCGGCUGAUGACAUUUUUUCCAUCGGGUGGCUUCCGUGUCUAAAAAUCCUCCAUCUGACUGGAAAUCAGCUUCACCAUCUUCCACCUAAUCUUGGUUCUUCAAAGCACGACGCCACUCAAUUGCCGACUAAAGAAGAAGUCACACAGUUCAAAGCUCUUGAAGUCCUGAUGCUUGAUGAUAACAAGUUGUCUUCUGGGGUCUUGUACAGUCUUGCAAACCUUAAGAGGCUAAAACACUUAAAUCUACAGGGGAACUGCAUCUCUGAAGUACCUUAUCUGCACCUAACGGCCUGUUCAGACCCUACACAGGCUUCUAUUGAAGAGCAAGCAGAAGAAGAGGGACAUGCCCACCCUGAACCAAACCUGAACCAUGAUGAGAAUUUCAAGAGAGUCUUGCAGAUGUCUCAAAAGGAAAACUUUGAAGAGUACUGCAAAGGAUCCAGUUUGCCACUACCAGAGCUUCAGUCCCUCAAUUUAGCUAACAACAAGAUUGCAAAGGAAGAAGCGCUGUUGGCUGUGGUUCUUUUCCCGAUGCUUCGAGAAAUUGAUAUUCACUGCAACCCUCUGACUACAAAAAGAAGCGGAGACCCUCCUUUACUAACCCAUUACCUCAAAGAGAGACGGGGGAUAACAAUAAAGCGCAAAAAGACAUCAGAAGUUGUUAAGCUCCCUCUGAAAGUGUCUACUGAUCCAAAGUGGAAGGUAUUGCAGGUGAAGGAAAGGAUCCUUAAGGUGUCAAAGAGGGCACUGAUGAGGGAUGCACCAUGUCCUAAUCAAACUCAGGCAGAGGAAGGAUCUGAAGGCAAGAAUAACGGAGAUGAAACCCUCAGAGAAAAUACAGAGCACUUCUUUGUGACUCAGGCAUCAGACAUUCCUGAAUAUGAGUGUGAACUUCAAUCAGAUGAGGAAGAAACUGCCGAGAGUGAGAAGAGAAAUGAGAAUGAUGCUAUUUCUGAAAAAUUCAGAUGCUGCAAAAUGUUGAUGGCUGCAAAACCAAAUCCUGAUGUGGUGGAAACCAUCGGAAUUCAGACAGCUGUUCGAAUGCUGGAACACACACUGAAGAAUCUUAAUGUUUACAGAGACUCAAAACCAAAACUUGAUAGCAUCCAGACACCGUACAGAGAGAGAGAGAAAAGGGUCAAGGAACUGCCACCUCGGAGAACAAUAAAGCAGCCGACUGAAAGGGUCGAUGAAAUGAUCAAGGAAAUCAAAGGGAGCAAAACGAUAAAGGAAGCCCCCUUAAAUAUUGUCAUACAUGGCACAAGAGUUAACAAGCAAGAACAAAAGGAAGGUCUUCUGCUGCUGAAGGAUAUAAAGACAAAGUACAAGAUGGUCCAUGAGAGAACAAUGGAACAAGAAGCCAGAAUGGAGUCUGAUAGAAACACUGAGCAACACAGCGUUGAACCUGUGCAGAAUUAAUAUGAAAGAGUCCAUGAUGACGUACAGUUAGUCUGAGUAUCCAAAAGAAAACCAAACAUACAGUAUGUCAGAAAUAAAAACAAAGUUGUGG